GUGCGCCCCUCCGAACGUCCCCGGGAACCCAGCCAGAGCGAGCGCCGGGGCCAGGCGCGCAGGAGUGAAAAGGAGGCGGCGGCCGCGGCUGCUAGCAACAGAUCCGGGCGCCUAGAGCAGACCUUUUCUGCUGCUGGGCCAUUUCUUUUUAAUUUCAAAAAAUAAAUAAAUAAGUAAAAUUUGAAAAUCUUGCAUUUUUAAAUGGCGCUGGCCCCGGGUCAGCAGGAGGUUUUCUCUGCAUCAAGAUGGGCUUUGCCGUUUCCGUCGUGGGCACUUGUGAUGGCCUGAUUGUCAGUCUUCUGUGGGCAUUUUUGAGGCCAGAAGCCGAGCACUGCAUGUAGGCGAAUUACCCUACAGAACGGUUUGGCUUUUAAAAUUUUUGUUAUUAUUUUGGGCAGAGAACGGUCGAUCUCGUGCAUUCCGUCCGCUCUGCAGAAGAGGCGGAGAGUCGUUGGUUGGGUCGCUUAGAACGUGAAAUUCCUCCCGGGGUGAGCGAGCCCCGGCCCCGCGCGCAGUCCAGCGGCCACGCGAGUGUGUCCUCCCUGCCGGCGCCGGGAAAAUGGAGGCUGUGAUUGAGAAGGAAUGCAGCGCGCUCGGAGGCCUCUUCCAGACCAUCAUCAGCGACAUGAAGGGGAGCUAUCCAGUUUGGGAAGACUUCAUAAACAAGGCAGGAAAGCUGCAGUCCCAGCUGCGGACAACCGUAGUAGCAGCAGCUGCCUUCUUGGACGCCUUUCAGAAAGUGGCUGACAUGGCCACCAGCACACGAGGUGGUACCAGGGAGAUCGGCUCAGCUCUCACCAGGAUGUGCAUGAGGCACAGAAGCAUCGAAGCCAAGCUGAGGCAGUUUUCCAGUGCUUUAAUUGAUUGUCUGAUAAAUCCACUGCAAGAACAGAUGGAAGAAUGGAAGAAAGUGGCCAAUCAGCUGGACAAAGACCACGCAAAAGAAUACAAAAAGGCUCGCCAAGAGAUAAAAAAGAAGUCCUCAGAUACACUGAAACUGCAGAAGAAAGCAAAAAAAGUGGACGCUCUGGGGAGAGGUGACAUCCAGCCUCAGUUGGACAGCGCCCUCCAAGAUGUCAACGAUAAAUAUCUCUUGUUGGAGGAAACAGAAAAGCAGGCAGUUCGCAAGGCUUUGAUUGAAGAACGCGGCCGAUUCUGCACUUUCAUCUCUAUGCUACGGCCAGUAAUUGAAGAAGAAAUCUCCAUGCUGGGGGAAAUUACCCACCUCCAGACCAUCUCGGAAGAUCUGAAGAGCCUGACCAUGGACCCUCACAAACUGCCCUCCUCCAGUGAACAGGUGAUUUUGGACUUGAAAGGUUCUGACUACAGCUGGUCCUAUCAGACGCCACCCUCUUCCCCCAGCACCACCAUGUCCAGAAAGUCAAGCGUCUGCAGCAGCCUGAACAGUGUCAACAGCAGCGACUCCCGGUCCAGCGGCUCCCACUCCCACUCCCCCAGCUCGCACUACCGCUACCGCAGCUCCAACCUGGCCCAGCAGGCGCCCGUGAGGCUGUCGAGCGUGUCCUCCCAUGACUCAGGAUUCAUAUCCCAGGACGCCUUCCAGUCCAAGUCGCCCUCCCCCAUGCCACCAGAGGCCACCAACCAGUUGUCUAACGGGUUUUCUCACUAUAGUUUACCAAGUGAGUCCCAUGUGGGGCCCGUGGGUGCAGGCCCUUUCCCUCACUGCCUGCCUGCCUCCCGCCUGCUCCCUCGGGUCACCUCUGUCCACCUUCCAGACUACGCUCAUUAUUACACCAUUGGGCCCGGCAUGUUCCCGUCAUCUCAGAUCCCUAGCUGGAAGGACUGGGCUAAGCCAGGGCCCUACGACCAGCCUCUGGUGAACACCUUACAGCGCCGCAGAGAGAAGCGUGAGCCAGACCCCAGCGGGGGUGGACCCCCUCCCUCGGGAGGCCCUCCAGCGGCUGCAGAGGAGGCGCAGAGACCGAGGAGCAUGACUGUGUCCGCUGCCACCAGGCCUGGUGAAGAGAUGGAGGCUUGUGAGGAGCUGGCCCUUGCACUGUCGCGGGGCUUGCAGCUGGACACGCAGAGGAGCAGUCGAGACUCGCUGCAGUGCUCCAGUGGCUACAGUACCCAGACGACCACCCCAUGCUGCUCUGAGGACACCAUCCCCUCCCAAGUUUCAGAUUAUGAUUAUUUCUCCGUAAGUGGUGACCAGGAGGCAGAUCAGCAGGAGUUUGAUAAGUCCUCCACCAUCCCUAGAAACAGUGACAUCAGCCAGUCCUACCGGCGGAUGUUCCAAGCCAAGCGCCCAGCCUCAACUGCCGGCCUCCCUACCACCCUUGGACCUGCUAUGGUCACUCCAGGGGUUGCAACUAUCCGACGGACCCCUUCCACCAAGCCUUCUGUCCGCCGGGGAACCAUUGGAGCUGGUCCCAUCCCCAUCAAGACACCAGUGAUCCCCGUCAAGACCCCAACUGUCCCAGACCUCCCUGGGGUGUUGCCAGCCCCUCCAGAUGGUCCCGAGGAACGGGGUGAGCACAGUCCUGAGUCUCCAUCUGUGGGUGAGGGCCCCCAGGGUGUCACCAGCAUGCCCUCUUCCAUGUGGAGCGGCCAAGCGUCUGUCAACCCUCCACUUCCAGGCCCAAAGCCCAGUAUCCCUGAGGAGCACAGACAGGCGAUUCCAGAAAGCGAGGCUGAAGAUCAGGAAAGGGAUCCCCCAAGUGCCACUGUCUCCCCAGGCCAGAUUGCAGAGAGUGACCCUGCAGACCUCAGCCCAAGAGAUACUCCGCAAGGAGAAGACAUGCUAAACGCCAUCCGCAGGGGUGUAAAGCUGAAGAAGACUACGACCAACGAUCGUUCAGCCCCUCGCUUCUCUUAGGCUCUAAGCUCCCAGGAAAUGCUGCCAGUGGGGAAUGACUCUUUAAUUAAUAAGACCUAAUUUGUCUCGAUCCAUUCCAACCUAUAAUCAAACAAAAAAUUUUGUAGGCAACUCAGAAUUCAGCUCUUUUGAAAGUACUCAACAUCUUUAGAUAAUAAUUAAAAGCAACAUGUAACUGACAUAAUCUUGAUCUUUUAAUUUGUAAAUACUGACGAUUUUCUUUCUGCACAUUUUAAUCUUAGUUUCCCUUUUGAUUUUUCUGAAGGUGCCAAAUUCCAUUUAACUUUUUUACAAGUCUUUGUAAAAUUUUAAAUGCAUAGGGGGUAGGGUGGGGUGGGGCGGGAUGGGGCAAGGGAACCACAAAGUAGUUAAUUUCAGAAAAAGAUUACUAAGUUCUUUCUUCUUCUUCUUUCCCUUCCACAAGCUUUUGUAGAUGCAUUGUAGUAGUCUAGCUUAGAAACAAAUUUGUUAUUUUAAUGUAUAAACAAAACGGAUAAGGGGUAAAAUCCUCAUUUAAAUAUACUAUGUCUGGUUGAGAAAAGCAGGAAUAACAAUUGAUGAGCAAUAUUCAGAGUGAAGUAAAUCUGGAAGAGGUAGACUGUGUUGAGACUGGGGGGAGGGCCGUGGGAGGGGCACACUGUCAACAUAGCCAAUCCUGUUACAUUUUAAGAGUAGCCUUGUAGGUUGAAUUUCUAGUAGCUUCAUGGUCAAUGCAUCCGAAUAAGCCAUACUGGAUUGCAGUGUUUGUUUCUGUAGGGUGUUUAAGGACUUCCUUUCUUCCACUGCACACAGCACCCGCCUCCAAUCCCGCGCAUGCUGCUGCCACUGGGUAGACAUAGAACUCCUCCCACCCCCACUUUAGUUUCUUGUCUAUUGUACUCACUUCAUGGAAUCCAAAUACAUCCAAAAGGGUAAGGCAGUUUAAAAAUGUGAAAACAUUUAAAAAUGAUAGCAGGGAAUUCUUAGAUAUAGCAAAUGCCUUUUACUUAACUGUGCCCAGCAGGCUGGGUACAUUGAAAAGCCCAAAUAUUUUGAAAAAACUCAAGCAGAUUUAACAAGCGUAACCAGCUCGGAGUCUAGCAAUUUGCCAAUGUGUUUACCAAUCUGGGGGCUUGUUUUUCUUAUUUUCCUUAAAUAAAUCGCAAUUAAUUGGCUUCAUACUAAACGUUGAAGAAAGGAAGAUUGAUUUAUUGUCACUGGGAGUGUGACCACUAUACUGUUCCUUUUUUGUGUUCCGGACAAUGUUUUUUGGAAUGGAUUCGUGUCUUUUUUUUUUUUUUUUCAAGUGGAAGUUAAAUUUGUUAUAAUGCCCAUCCCUCAAAGUCAACAGAGACUAGAUUUAAAGGGAUCACAUUUGGAAAAGGCACUGUUUUAAAGAAACCAAGUCCCUUAGUGGUGGGCUAGUUAAAACAGUGCAUACUUGUGACUGUACCUCUCAAGGAAGAGGAGUUGGUAGGUCCCCAGAUGCCCUGCAGAUUUCUGUUGGCUCUAAUCUUCAAUUACACAAUCUUAUGCUUUAAUACAUAAACCACGUUGGAUGUGAGGGUGAUAUACCUGUACAGUCAUUGUUCUAUAUAUUAACAUUUAACACUGCUGUGAUUGCUCAAGGACAUUUUAUGUUAUGGCUUUAAAGCAAAGGCAUGAUUAUUAGAAACUAUUUAAGCUUUUUUCUUUGAAAAACAAGCUCCUUUUACAGACUAUAAGCAACAGUAGUGCCUGUGGUUUAGCCCACCAAUCUUGAUGACUAAAAGUAGCUGAUGCAUUGUGCAUAUGAUGCUUGAGAUGGUUUUUGCAAAAGCAGAAAUCGCUGCAAGGUAAUUACAAUAGUUAAAAGUGGUAUUUUAAACCUUCGAAAUAAAUGGAUGUAACUGUACUUUGGUACAGCUUUUCACUUGUUUAGUUUUUAAACGUUAGUAUAAUCUGAAUAAAUUUAAUAUAAAAUGUUGCCAAAUUCAAUGUAGAAAGAAUGUGACAAAACACCUUGGAUAGUUCUGUUUGUGUUUUUGCAUAUUGUAAAAGCAGUGUCACAGCUAAAAAUAAAAAGAUCCUUUCUAAAGGUAAA